GGUUCUUAAGCCGAGUGUGGUGCAGGUUAGGGCCUUUCGCCAAGUGUACGAUGGCGAAAGAUAGAUCACCACGUGGCCACUGGGCGUCCAAAACCGAGUUCAUCCUGUCGUGCAUGGGGUACGCGAUCGGUUUGGGCAAUGUUUGGCGCUUCCCGUACCUCUGCUAUCGGAACGGUGGUGGAGCCUUUCUGGUGCCGUAUCUGCUGAUGCUGGCGCUGUGCGGUGUUCCGCUGUUCUUUCUCGAAGUGUGCCUCGGACAGUUCAGUGGUACGGGGUGUGUCACGGUGUUCAAAAUCGCACCCCUGCUGAAGGGCGCAGGCAUCGCGAUCGUAGUGAUCAACUUCAUCUGCACCGCGUACUAUAAUGUCAUCAUUUCGUACCCCAUUCUGUUUCUCUGGAAGUCACUGCGGACGAGCUUACCGUGGGAAACCUGCCAGAACGCCUGGAACACGGAUCGUUGUGUGGAGCUGCGCGAUGGCGGACGACCGGUCGAAGCGUUCGUUAACAAUAGUGUCCUGCCGCCAUCGGAACGAUACCGUACACCGGCGGAUGAGUUUUUCCACAACGAGAUACUUCAGAUCUCCCAGGGCAUAGACGAUCCCGGCGGCAUCGUGUGGCCACUGUUCGUUUGCAACGUCAUCGCGUGGGUCGUCAUAUUUUGCUGCAUCGCGAAAGGUGUCGAGUCGGUCGGGAAGGUGGUGUACUUCACCGCAACGUUUCCGUUCGCUAUCUUGGCGGUGCUGCUGGUCCGGGGCGUAACCCUACCCGGUGCGGUCGAUGGCAUCAAGUUCUACAUCAUGCCGCAGUGGAGCCAGUUGCUAAACCUGAAGGUAUGGGCAGACGCGGCCAUACAGAUUUUUUUCUCGCUCGGCCCCGGCUGGGGUGGCAUCGUGAACAUGGCCAGCUACAACCAGUUCAAAAACAACACCAAGCUCGACUCGAUACUGAUCCCGAUCGUCAACUGUGCCACCAGCGUGCUGGCCGGCUUUGUGGUGUUUUCCGUGCUGGGAUACUUUUCGUAUCAAACCGGUCUGCCUGUGGCAACGGCCGCUACCGGUGGUCCGGGGCUGGCUUUCAUCACGUACCCGGAGGCGAUCAGCAUGCUGCCGUUGUCCCCGCUGUGGGCCGCCUUGUUCUUCAGCAUGCUGUUUCUUCUGGGAGUGGACAGUAUGUUUGUACAGAUCGAAGCCAUCAUAUCAUCCGUCCUGGAUGUCUUCCCUUCGUUGAGACCAACGAAACUAUCCAUAACCGCCGGGACGUGUUUCCUGCUGUUUCUGCUGUCAGUAUCCUGCGUCACCCGGGGAGGAAUGUACCUGAUACAGUUGUUGGAUUGGUACUCGGCGUCGAUUUCCGUGAUACUGGUGUGCAUCGUGGAAGUCAUUGCCGUGGGGUGGAUUUACGGGUGCCACCAUUUCGUGCGCGAUGUUCAGUUUAUGAUUGACCGAAAGGUCGAACGAUUCUGGAUGCUAUCGUGGAAGUAUGUAACACCGGUUGUGCUGAUUUUUAUCUUUUUCACCACAAUCGCUUACAACACGGAGGUAUCGUACAACGGUCUGGCUUACCCUCGCUGGGCAAUUGGCGUCGGAUGGGCCAGUUGUUUCGCGUCAAUGCUUUGUAUACCAGGGUUUAUGCUCUAUCGAUUGAGUCGUUCCAAAGGACCGUUGAUGGAGCGUUUGAAGGACCAACUGCAGGCACAAGAUUGGGGUCCAGCUGAUGCUGAGCAGCGUGAACUGUGGAAGCAGCGCGUUCGUGUUGCAAGUAAAGAAACAGGACAAUUGAACCCAAUAAAUUGAUCUCCCGCUCGCAUCAAACUAUAGCUGGAGCAGCGUUCGUACGUUCAGUAGAUUUCGUAUUGCUGGAAGCAUUAAUCUAAAUGCCUGGGACGCUGGUUUAACCAAGGAAACCGCAGCCGAAUGAACGGCUUUGUGAACGUUCGAGUGUGAAACGUGCAGAACGUGCGAUACAUUCUCCGGGCGGUGGUGAGUUGCUCGAUGUUUGCGCAGAAAUGGCAUGGGACUUCCGCAAACUUGCGUUAGAAAUACGAAAGCUAGAACUAUUGCCAGAAUCUAGAAACAGAAAGCGUGUCAAGGAAAGCUUCAGUUAGUUGUUCGCGAUCGAAAUGGAUGCGCUGGUACUUACUUUCAUUUCGAUGGUACUUUUGCUGAGAAAAUCGUGGACACAUCGGAAAUGAGGCAUGGCCUAGGCUCAGCUUGGGAAUUUAUAUCAAUUGUUAAAGCUUGGAGGAACUGGUUUCCUGCCGUAGAAUCGGCCCAAUGGCCGCUCUUUGUUGUGCUAUCUGAUCUUGUCGGGUAAGGGCAUUGCUUUGCAUUAAGUGGCACCCGAAAUGAAGUUGUCUUCCGAUUCCGGAUAGAGGUACAUUCAACUAAUUUUUCCACUUUGGAAUUAUCAGAGGCCAGUUAUCUCUGCUUAGUUUAUUUCUUUCUUAGAAGAAAUGCGUUCAAACAAUGCGCAUUGAGUGUCCGAAAUGUGAAAUUUUAUUUCGCUCAUGUUUGCCAACCGAAAUCUGUUAAAGGCUUUUCAGAAGAUGGCCGAACAGCUGUUAUUGGACUUUAGAUCGAACCUGGUGCAGCGUCCAGGUUGAGCUGCUGCUGGGAGAAAGCGUGACCUGGCAGGGGUGCCUCGUGGAUCGCUCCUCGAUUGGCGGCCAGAUAGCGAGCUUCCUUCUGGUAGAAUAGAGCCGGGGCGCUGUAUGCCAGCGGAGCCCCGUAGUAGUAAGGGGCAGCAUAGGGCAGCGCAGCAUGAGCAUAACUCAGUGCCGGAGGAGCGACAAUGAGCUUCGGCUCGGCGUUAUUCUGCACAAUGGUCGUGUGCGGAGCGGCCAAGGCUAACGGAGCUCCGUAGUACAGCGGGGCCAGUCCAGCUUCGGCGAUCACGGCCAGCGCCAUCAUGACU